AAUGUCAAGAUGAGUUACAAUCAAAAACCGCCUGGUCCUGGUGGCAGUGGUAUGGGAGGUGGCGGUGGUAGCGGCGGCCCUCCCAAUGGCCCCAAUAAUAUGCCACAAGUAGCGAAAACAUUUGCUGGCAUUCAACAACAAAUGCAAAAUUUAGUUCAUGGUCAGAAUCCAUUGCCACAAUCUUCACAGGCUGACUUGAAUGCAUUUUUCCAACAGCAACGUAUACAGAGUAUGCUAAAGCAACAACAACAAUUUUUGCAAUUUCAACAACAAAUGCAACAGCAGCAACAACAACAUCAGCAGCACCAACAGCAACAGCACCAUAACAUGGGCGGUGUGGGUGGUGGUGUUCCGGUUGGUGGAGUACCAGUUGGUGGCGGUAGUGGUGGUCCGAGUUCGGGUGGCGGCGGUGAACCUUUGGCAUUAACACGAACUCCCGGUGCCGCCGAGCUAUUAAACAAAACCUAUCAACAGCAGGCUAAUGGUAAUCCAGCUGCAAAUCCCACAUUCAAUCAGCUGCAGCAGACAUUGCAGGCAUUGCCUACGAAUUUUGUGCAGCAAUUGCAGGCUUUCCAAUAUCAAAUACAAGCUAAUAAAAUGCAUCAGCAACAGCAUGGUGGAGUGAAUCCACAAGGUGGUUCCCAUUUGGGGCAACAGCAAGUUAUGCCACAAGGUGUACCACCGCCACCCACCACAACAGCAAUGUCUCAUCAACAACAGCAGCAGCAACAGAAACACCAGCAACAACAAAACGCUGCUGCAUUGUCGACCGCAGCAGCUGUGCAGCAAUUUCAACAGAGAUAUUUAUCAGCCGCUGCCCAAGUGGUGGCCAACAAUAACAAACUAGCUUCGGUAGCUGCGACUCCACCGCCACUAACUAACCAGAUGAAGACUCCAAAUAUACCAACAAACACUCAAAUCACACCGGUUACAGGUGCCAAUAUAGGUGGUAGUUUAAUACCUCCACCGCCCACCACCAGCUCCUCCUCGUCGCAUCAAAAGGCAGGUCCCGCUAACAUGGGACCAACCACUGGCAUGAAUAAGCACCAAAAUCCCCAAGCUCCACCUCCAUCCAUAUCAAUGACACCCUCAAAACCAACAUCCACAACAGCGAUGCCCAGUGCCGCACACCAACACAACAAAUUCACACCACCUACAAAUGUGGCGAACAAAAACACAUCUGUUCCGCCUCCAGGGCAUAAUCAGAAUUUACAAAAGCCAUAUGCUGGUGGCGGUGGCAGUGCAUACAACAAUGCCAGCAGUCCAGCUAAAACAGGUACUGCCGCAAAUCCAGAUACGGCUACAGGGGCUGCCCUAAAGUCGCCACAGUCAACACCAGUGCAGUUGACCAAGCAAACGCCUGCGGCAGCUAAUACCGCCAAUACAAUGGCUAACAAAGUAGCUGGUGGCAAUACCAGUACAACAUUGGCUCCCCAAACAACGGCAACCGUUACCACGGCAGUGGCGUCAUCACCCCAGAAAGUGACGCCUCAAACCGUAGCAACUACUGCGUCUACUACGAGUGCUAUACAUCCUCCAACUCCACCUCAACAGCCUACGACAAAUCCUCCCAGCAGCAGUGCAUUAAAAACUACGCCAGUGGCACCACCUACUCCCACAACAACAAGUGCAACGGCCCCACAAUCUGCACCAGAAGUUACUGAUGCGGUAAAGGCAAAUAUCUCCGAAAAGGAGUCACCACUAAAAGAUCAGGGUGCUAAUAAAAAUAUCGCCUCAGAAGUGCCAAAAAUGUUGGCCACUUCCGAAGAACAGAAAAAAGAUAACGAAAAAUCGGUUGGCAAUAAUAAAACUGAAACUUCUUCGCCCAGCAAAGCUGCUUCUGUUGCUGAAACUAGGACUGAGACAAAUGCUGAAAAGCCGGCAGUCGAAGCAAAGGCUACUGAAUCGAAAACGCUGGAAGCCGUCGAGUUGAAAUCGACGAAAACUGAAAGUCAAGAUGUUGACUCCACAAAAAAGGAUCCUUCUUCCAUUAAUACCACGUCGGAGCAGCCUAAAAUCACAGAAAGUACAGCAAAUAAGGCUGUGGCAGAACAACCUGCUAAAGAAGCUCCACCAAAAACAUCAGCAACUGAAGAAAAGGAAAUGGUUGCACCAAAACUCUCUAUUGAGUCGAAACCUGUCGAUAAGUCAGGGCAUAAAAACGAAACAACAAAUGAUACAACAAAAGAAACUACAAAAUUAUCGCCAGUAGUAACUCAAACGGCGGCAGAUAACAAUGAUGAUCAAACUAAAUCUAAAUCCAACUCGGAAGUAGUUCUACCCGUAAGCACUGAGGCCAAGUCCACCGACAAAUCAGAAACAAAGGAAAAAGUGGAAAAAGACGAAAAAGAAGUUGACAAAACAACAACUAAAGAAACAAAAGAACACCUGGCAGAGAAACAAGACCAAGAAAAAUCGGUUACUCAAUCAAAUGCCAAUGUGGAGAUUAGGGAAACUAAACGUGAUGUUAGGGUGUCUUCUGAAGAUGUAGUGGCCACAUCUAAAAACUCAUCAAAGACAGAAAACAAGUCUAGUAGCUCACCAGCAAAAAGCAACACCACAACAACAACAGCAACUGACAGUGCUAGUAGCGAUCCAACUACCACUAAGGAAUCAACUGAUAGUAGUAAAACCAUUACCAGUUCUGCAGCUGUUACGAGUUCAACUUCAGCGGAAACUUCCACGCCAGUUAAAAAACAAGGUCGGGCUGCGAAGACAACAACUGCCAAAGCUAAAACCACUUCCACAGCGACCAGCAGCAGCACUUCUAACGAAAGCAAAUCGGCCGAAAAGUCGACAGAAGAAAAAUCAUCAACUCCAGCCCGAGCAAAGCGUAAAUCUAAAGCCGCCGAACCUCAAGUAUCGGAUUCAGCUCCAUCAACGCCUAAAGACGAUGAUUCAGAUCGUAAAUCAAAACGUCAUCGUCUUAAGACAAUUCUGUACCAAAGUCCACUUCCUGAAUUGGCCUUCAUCACGAAGCUGUCGGCCAGUGAGGCCUCAAAUUCACCCAAGCCUAUGUCAAGUGAAGAUCGCCUAAUUGUCUUCUAUAAAAAUGAAUAUAUGGCCGUACGCAAUGCCGAGGGUACUUUCUAUUUGUGUCAGACCAUGCAAAAUGUAUACCGAACAUCGCCACGUAUUAGCAUUCGUUGGCUGUCCGAAGAUCCCAAGGAUAGUAAUGUAUAUAUACCGGAUUUUUAUGAUCACACCGAUAUCGAAUGUGUUCUAACUACAGUCGAACUGAAACGCAUCGAUAAGGGACAUAUGCGUUUGCCGAAAUCGGAACGAACGCGUAUUGAGAGCAUUUUGAAAAAAGCGAUUGACGUGGAAAAGGGUUUAGUACCACGGCCAGAAUUAACGGAAGAGAAUCCAGAUGGACUUGACAUUUCCCUCUUUAAAGAUGAAUCUCAAAUUGAAAAGAAAUCAGCAUCUUUGGUUGAUGGUGAAAGCGGUGGUUAUCCUUUGGGAACAACGGGCACUAGAAAAUCCCGAAAAGGUGGCAAUACAUCAACGGCAGCCAAAACAUCUGCAGCAGCUCAAACACCUACCACGAAAACAACAGGCAAAAAACGGAAGCGAAGUCUUGGUGCAACAUCGUCCGCUGGUAAAUCGCCAGCAAAGAAACGAAAAACUUUAACCAAACGUAAAAAGAAGAGGACAACAAAUCACAGUGAUGACGAUGAAGAUGACGAGGAAAGUUCCGAUGAUUAUGAAUCGGAUACGGAAUAUAAACCAACACAAAAACGUACCACAGUUGCGGCGAGUGCAACCAAAGCAACGCCAAGAGCACAAAGAUCACCGUUGGCUAAGGCGAGGGCUGCAUCGCCCAUAACACCAACAACAUCUAGAUCUAGAAAUGUACCUCAAAAAACUGCAUCUCCCACACCAUCGCCCUCAACAUCAAAGGCCACACGAGGCGAACGAGCAGCCAAAAGGAAAUCCCUUACAGAUGCUGGUUCUUCCGAAGAAUCAUCAACGCCAGCCAGCAAGAAACCAGCAACAGCAACCUCAAUUAAUAAUACAAAAUCUGCAACUAAAUCCAAGACAGAUGAAAAUGUUGCGUUGGAGGAUUCAAAAACUUCAAAUAAAUCAAAUAAUAACGAGUCAACCCCAACGACAAUAUCGAAUUCCAAUAAUGCAUCAACAUCGUCAAGCAACUCCAAAACUGCCGCCACCACCACUUCAUCAUCUGCCGUCAGUGGUAGUAAUGGUGCAGAAGCUGCAGCUACAACCAUGGCUGAUAAUGGUGGUAAUGGUAACCGAACUUCACGAAGUCGAAAGUAA